AUGGCAGACAAAUCUUCAAAGCCUACAAUACUACUCGUCCAAGGUUCUUUUCAGAUCCCAGAGGCCCUGUCGGACCAUGACUCUCCCGGAUUCGCAGAGCGAAGCCUCACUGAUGAUUCGCGCACCAUUGAAGCCGAGGUGAAGCGUCUCACCGUGGACGAGGGAAAGACCGUCAUGGUCGUUAUGCACUCCUACGGCGGGCUCGUGGGGAGCGACGCCAUUCCCGAGGAUCUGAGCCUACAGAGCCGCCGCCAGAACGGCCUGGCAGGCGGCGUGUCCCGGCUCUUCUACUUUGCAGGCUUCAUCCUUGAGCCAGGCAAGUCGGUCCUGGACACCUUCGGCGAGUCACCCAACAACGACGUCAAGCCCAACGGGCGUUAUACUAUGAAGAACACGGCGAGCCUCAUUUAUCAAGACCUGCCGCCAGAAGAGGCCAGCUACUGGGCCUCCAAGACCAUCGACCAGAGCUACGCCGUGCAGACGACACCUAUCACCCGGGCGGCUUACAAGUACAUUCCCUCAACCUAUGUCAUGACCGAGGACGACCACGCUGUUCCCCUGCAGUACCAGGAAAUGUUCGCGGCUGCCACGGGCGCCGAGGUCAAGACGAUCUCGUCGGGACAUUCGCCUCAGCUUAGCAAGCCCGAGGAACUGGCAGACUUGAUUGAGGCUUCGGCGGAGAUGGGCCACUCGCCCAUCAUCAUGUUCGGGUUUGGCGAUCGUGACGCUCGCGGCGCAGGCGGUCCCGGGUCAGGCAGACUGUCAAACAUGGGGAGCAUGCCAGACUCGUCGUCUCGGCCGAAUCCUCUGCCUCCUAGUUUGGGCUUCAGAGACAACACGGCGCCAAGCAGACCGCCAAAGAUGGGGGACUUGCCAGACCCGUGGUCUCGACCGAAUCCUCUGCCUACUAGUUUGGGAUUCAGAGACAACACGGCGCCAAGCAGACCGCCAAAGAUGGGUGACUUGCCAGACCCGUGGUCUCGGCCGAAUCCUCUGCCUCCUAGUCUGGGCUUCAACGCAACAAUACAGGAAUUCAUGUCCAGGGGGCCAGGGGGCACCGGACUGGGGCGGCCUCCUCCGCCUCCGCCGCCUGCGUUGCCUGUCAUCAACAUCGAUCCGCCCUCUGAUCCGCCCUCUGAUCCUCCUGCUCGCCCAAAGAAAUCCCCAGCAAAGUCUCUUUUUGCAAGUAAAGGCGAUAGGGACUUGCAAAAGAGCGGCAUUUUCAGCAAGACAUAUGUUCCGGGAUUAGAAAUACAACGGAUACUUGAAAACGACACAAACCUCCAAGACACCCCUAGCAGGACAGACAGAAGCGUCAGUAACAUUGAGCGGCUGCAACAACAGUUCAAAGAUGCUGCAGAUGAUAUAGUAUUUCUGGAGCAGCUGCGGUCGCGGGUGACGGCCGCCAGUGGGGACAAAACUCAGCAGCAGCGCAAAGAAGAGCUGCACAGGUCGGUGCUGCCGUGGAUCCAGUCCGGGCUCGAAUACCGAGGACCCAUGCGGCCAGGUCUGUUCCUUGACGACGGCACCCGGAACCCGGCAAGACCGCCCAAAGGUUCUACGCGCAGGGCGCCACCUCCACCACCUCGCACCGAGACCACUGGGAACGAUGACGGCAGAGCGAGCAAGGUCAAAGCCACAAGUAAUGAUCCAAACUCAUCCACAGGAGGGGACAGAUCCACCCCAUCAAAAGACCCCAAGUCACCCAAAAGACUCGACACGAGUCCUCUCAGGAACUCGAUCACAGCAGAUGACUUUGAUGAACCUCCUGCGCCAAUUCCUCCGGGAACGGGCGGGGCUUCGUGGCAAGCCCGGAAUGAUCUUUUCCAAGAGGGGGUUAUGAAUGCGGCUGGCAUCACACCUGGCGUCGUCUCGCCCGAUGAAAUGGUGGAUCCGCUUCCCACGCUGCCGAGCUCGAUUGAUUAUAACAUUGAAAAUUGGGAGACGUAG